AUGCAUGGUACCAACCAAUAUCCAGGACAGAGGAUGGAGAGAUUCUUCGUUUACUUGGCUCUGGUUUCAGCAGCUACAGCGCAGUUUCUGAUCGACAUUCAGCAGAAGUUCAUGGUGACAGCAGUGGGAUCGGACAUUCUGUUGCCCUGCACUGUCACCCCGCCAUUGUCUGGCGUUGGCCUAGAGGUGCGCUGGUUUCAUGACCUUUUCCACAAUGUCGCCUUCCUGCUCAAAGAUGGCAAUGAAGACCGUCAGCAACAGAGUCCGGACUAUCGCGGAAGAGCCUUUAUGCUGGCUGGACCAGACAAAGGAAAUCUGUCACUUAGUCUGCGCCAGGUCCGCCUCUCCGAUGCAGGCAAAUAUCACUGCUUUGUGGAGAACACCAUCACCCAGGGCUCUGAUGAGGGAAUCAUGACACUCACCGUUGUGGGUUUGGGGACUCCGCCUCUUGUAGCAGUUGCUCUGCAGGGCAGUUCUGUUGUUCUCUCAUGUUCCUCUGAGGAGUGGUUUCCAGAGCCAACAAUGUUCUGGGUGAUAGGAAACGAGGAGCCAGUGCCAGCAAAUCACAGUGCAAAGAAAAACACCUCCAGUGGACUUUUCCAGGUCCAAAGCAACAUUCACCUUCAAGAUGCCUCAGGUGGGCAUGUCUACUGUGGACUACGGCAUCCCGUGACAAAGACAGAGACUGGCGUCUACGUGUCAGUUUCAGAUGACAUCUUCCCUCGAGCCUCCCCAUGGGCGAUUACCUUCUGGAUCUUCUUGAUCUUUAGCCUUUGUGACUUAGCUUUGUUGUCUUGGUUCUUCUACUCAAAACAAAAGGAAAAAGAGAGACAACUGCAAGCAAGAUAUGUGUAUGCCGAGUCCUUAGAACGGGAAGUCGAAUGGAGGAAGAUUUCCAUUAUAAAAGAAUCCAUUUUGUUUGAUCCUUCUACUGCUUUUUGUGGCCUUCUGGUCUCUCCGGACAGUCGCACCAUCUCAACCACGGAUGUGGUCCAAGAUGUCCCCCAAAACGAAGAGAGAUUUGACACCGAGCCUUGUGUCCUCUGUCAGGCCGCCUUCCAGUCAGGCACCCACUAUUGGGAGACAGAGAUUUUGGAGAGGAAUGGAGAGUUCUGGUCUCUUGGGAUAGCCAGCAAGUCAGUGAGGAGGACCGGAGGUCAAAGAGAAUGUCCUGAAGCUUUGAUAUAUGCCAUUCGAGGAACAAGAGAAGGUUACUAUGCUCUGUACACCCCACCAGUGCCCAUUGUGUUUGAACCUGGGCGGAUACAGAGAGUCGGGACUUACCUGGACUAUGACCAAGGGAAGGUGUCUUUUUAUGAUGUGGACACUUACAGGCUCCUCCACACUUUCACUGAGAGGUUCUCCGAGCCUGUCUAUCCAUUUUACUAUGUCGGACCAGGCAUUGCUUUCUCUUUAAAUCCAUAG